UUUUGUCAAAGUAGUUCUGCCAGCAGCAAAGCAACCCAGUUUCCCCAGGAAAGUGAGGAGAGAGAUUAGGGUUCGGCGCUGAGAGCGAUUUUGAAGAAGAUGUCGAUGCGGCAUGAUGUGUAUUUGUAUGUGCAGAUGGAUGAACAAGUAUGGCGUGUCAAUGUUAGUAAAUUAGGAGACGAGAGUCAACCUCGGCCUGAGUUUGAACUAGUUUCUGAUAAUUCCAAUGGUGAAUUACCGAUUGGAAUGGGAUGUAUCUCUGUGAAUUCCAAAUUGUACAUGGUUGGGGGUCAAAAAGAGCAGCAAAUCACCAAAGAUGAUGAUGAUGAAGAUGAUGAUGAUAGUUCUUCUGAGGUUGAUUAUGUUCCUAAUUUAAAAUCAUUUGUCUUGAAUUUGGAUGCUCAUCCAUCAAUUCGCAUCUGCCAGGAUUUACCUAGUAUGAAUGGUCCAAAGUUCAAUCCUCUUGUAGUCAGUGUUAAUGAUAAAUUUUAUGUUCUGGCAAGACGACCAAUUUGCGACUAUGGCAAAGCACUUGACCAGCCUGUUUUCGAGGUUUUUGAUCCAGCCGCGGUCAAUGGAGGAUCGUGGAAAGAGCUCCCUAGACCGCCCUGGACUGACCCUGCCCAAUUUAAAUUAGGGGGUGAUUACAUCUAUCAUCACUUUGUUUGGGGUCAUAAGAUAGUGUUUUGUACCCGGGCAGGUUUCUACGUUUUUGACACCGAUAUGAAGAAAUGGGAUUUUACUGAUGAGAAGUUGUCUCCUUUCCCUAUUAUCUCUUGUGCUUCAGCUGAAUUUGAUGGGUUUUUAAUUGCCAUGCCAUGGGACCGUCAACAGCUCGUUGCUUAUCAGUUAGAUUCGGAUUCAGAUGCCACUGCCAAGCCUUGUCGGGUGCUAGAUGAGCUUCGGCCUGUGUUCAAUCCUCCAUUUGCUCGACACGAAUUCCAGGGCUUUCUUACCCAUUUGGGUGAUGUUGAUGGUGGCCAUAGAAUGUGUUUAUUGUAUGCCGGUUACGAUUACUAUAGUAGGUGGUGUGCACGUGUAGCUAACUUUCGGGUUUCCAUCUCAUGUAAUGAUGCUGGUGAUCGGUUCCCCUAUGCAUAUCUUGAGACCCUGCAACAUUAUGAUUUUGAGAAAUUUGAUAAUCCUGCUAGAUGGAUUGAUUCUGCUUUUGUCAUGUAUGUUAGGGGUGAUUAUUUGAACAAUCAUGAUGUUGAGGCUAAUGCAAGAUUCAUGGAUGCAUAUCCUACUGGAUCAGACGAGUGUGAUUAUUUGAACGAGCCAUAUGAUGAGACUAAUGCAAGUUUGACGGAUACAUAUCUUUGUGGAUCAAAUGAGGGUGAUUAUUUGAACAAUCAUGAUGUUGAGGCUAAUGCAAGAUUCAUGGAUGCAUAUCCUGCUGGAUCAGAUGAGUGUGAUUAUUUGAACGAGCAGUAUGACGAGACUAAUGCAAGUUUGACGGAUACAUAUCUUUGUGGAUCAAAUGAAGGUGAUUAUUUGAACAAUCAUGAUGUUGAGGCUAAUGCAAGAUUCAUGGAUGCAUAUCCUGCUGGAUCAGAUGAGUGUGAUUAUUUGAACGAGCAUUAUGAUGAGACUAAUGCAAGUUUGACAGAUACAUAUCUUUGUGGAUCGAAUGAGGGUGAUUAUUUGAACAAUCAUGAUGUUGAGGCUAAUGCAAGAUUCAUGGAUGCAUAUCCUGCUGGAUCAGAUGAGUGUGAUUAUUUGAACGAGCAUUAUGAUGAGACUAAUGCAAGUUUGACAGAUACAUAUCUUUGUGGAUCGAAUGAGGGUGAUUUUUUGAACAAUCAUGAUGUUGAGGCUAAUGCAAGAUUCAUGGAUGCAUAUCCUGCUGGAUCAGAUGAGUGUGAUUAUUUGAACGAGCUUUAUGAUGAGACUAAUGCAAGUUUGACGGAUACAUAUCUUUGUGGAUCAAAUGUGUAUUAUUAUUUGAAAAAGCAUGAAGCUGUGGCUGAUGCAAGUUGCAGGGAUGCAUAUCUUUCUAGAUCAGAUGGGCAUGCUAAUUUGAAUGGGCUUAAUGUUGAGGUUGAUGGAAGUUUCAUGCGUGCACGUCUUUCUGGAUCGUAUAGGACAAGAGAAUUCGAUUCAUCCACUCUAGCUGUAGGUGGAUGGCAUGCUGUAUACUCGUCGGUUGUUGGAUUGUUGACUUGCCUCAUCCAAUUUAAGUUUCAAGACAGUGACGUCUCUCCAUUCAAAACGAACUCUGUGAGCAUGCGAGCUUUCUUUAUAUCAAUAUGCACUUAUGGCUUGGCAGUUGUGAUCAGAGGGUUUGUUCAAGGGCGAGCUAUCAGCAGAAACUACUCUCAAAUCAUUGACCUCGUUAUUAUGAUCUCGGUAACUCUUUCUGUAGUGUCCUGUGUCUCCCUCUUUGUCCCAAAUUGGCUCAAUUGUCUUCUCCUCAUCAGUUGGCUCAUUUUCUGUGUUAUGGUUGUCUUAAUUAUGGUAGUGCCAUGUAACUUUAUUCAUCGUAUCAACCAGUGGUUUUACCAAAUAACUGUAAAUGCACUUCUCCAAGUGCUCAAUGCGUUCACAAGCUUGUGGAAGCUAAGAUUGACGGUUGGAGAGCUCAUCUGCUAUAUUCUUCUUUUCUACUGGUGGCUUUGCCAAAGCAAUAUCAAUGCAUAUGGCCAGAGUACUCAACUUGUACAAAGCUUCCGAAAGCCUAUAUUAGUGGAACAUGGCCGUCUUUAUGUAGUUACAAUCCUUGGUUUGCCAAGCCGCACAGGCACGUCACAAAUGCGGGUGAUGCGGAUUCAAGGACGGACAAUGUGAUUUCAAAAAAAAAAUAGGGGCAUGGACACAGUGGGAAUACAACAAGAAAUAUUUUUUUUCAUAUUUUUUAUUUGCUAAGUAGAUUAGUAUUUCAUCUACAAACAAUCAAAAUUAACAAAAAUUAACAC